AUGAGCUACGAUUACGACUUGACUGUCAGCAUGGUUCUGGCCUCUCUCAGAACUGCUAUCCUUACGGCAUCAAGAUAUAUUUCCCAGUUCAAACAAGCCUAUCCCGAAAUCUGGUCGUUAUUCAUGUACUUUCUUGUGCUCUACGUGAGUGCUAAACUGGUGCUUAGAAUGGCCAGAAUGAUCUACAGAACGUUUGUCAACACAAUAAAGCUGGUGAUCUUUCUUGCUGCCGUUGCCGUGGCGAUCCAACUGUGGAACAAUAAGCCUGAACUGGCGGAAUUAGUGCCUCAAAUCCAGUAUACUCUGAUUCAGCUGUAUCGUCUGCUAAAGAUGAUUGUUACAUUUUUGGCAGGAACGCUGACCAGAUUCGACUGGAGGAAUUUUUCAAAGGUGGAUCUAGACCGCCUACUGGACUCUCUGAAGGCCACGCGGAGCCAAUUCGAGACUCUCUUCCAGCUGAGACUGGACUAA